AGACAGAGUAGGGGGCUUGUUAGUUAACUUAGUUAAUUAGUAUAGCUAUUAGUUAGCAUUAAAUAACAUAAGAGCGUGCCAUUGUUUUUUUCAGUUAAUCUUGUUUUUUUAUCUUUAUAGUUGGUCAUUUUCCCCUUAGCGAUUUUUCUUUAAUUGAAGAGAUUGAAAGAACGGAGUCAUUAAAAAGCAAGCAAAUAUAACUCAAAAUAUUGAUUUUGUUGAGUACAAUUUUAUAAAGUUAAGUGUAACAUGUUGAAGCCCACGAGUAAUAAUAACACAGUAGAGCUGCAAGACCUUUUGGACAGUGACGACGAAUUACCAACCAAUUAUAAUGAGGAGCCAGACAUACCUGCCUAUCUUGAUGACCAGCGGUUUGAUGCAAUACAAUUUAACUGGAUAAAUAAGAACAAAACCAGAAGUAUUCCCGUCAAACCACCAGUCACUCCUGUCAAGCCAUCAUUCACUGCCGUCAAGCCGUUGGUCGCGCCAGUCAAGGCUGUCACUCCAAUCAGAUCAUUGCCGACUUUGGUCACUCCUGCUUCCAUCCAACACUGCUCCAACACCCACCAACAGGAACACUUGCCACCACCUAGCAAACACUGCAGCAAUAAAAACUUGAUCAAAAAGGGGAUUCUAAAUGAAGAGGACAUCUUGUGUAUGAAGAGUGUUGCCGCUCAAACCACUGACGAUGAAGCAUUGUUGUGGUUCAUUGACUUCCUCAUGCACAAAGACUUGCAGGCUGAUUAUAGAUUUUUGAAAAGUUGCCUUGUUGUUCACCAAGUAAACUAUGGUAGAUCUAAAACACAGUACUCACAAAUAUAUUUUCCUAAAAGUUUGAACAAUUGCUUUGAGUUAGUUGUAAAAUAAGCUUUUGAUAUCAUAUUUCCAUUUCCAAUGUUUAUGCGAAUAUUGCUAGUUAUGUAUGAUAUUGAUAUUAUAAAAUUAAUUUAAGUGCAAAUAAACAUUAUUUAAAACUUU